UCAGCCGAGUGGAACUAGUGCGGCUGCUGCAGAGAUAGGAAGAGAGGCAGAGAGGCUGUGGUGAACAGACGCUGGGUCAGAGCGCUCAGUUGCUUCAGACAAUCACAGGGGAGCGAGAGACAGACACAGGAAAAGAGAGAGAGAGAGAGAGAGACCACAUAGAAAGAUAGAUUGAAAAGAGAGAAAAGGGAGGGAGAGACAGGGGAGGGAGGUAAAUAUGUGACAGGAUGUGGUUUCCCUGAGCUUGCAGAACAUCGUUACACAGGCAUACUUUGAGCAUGACCUAAACACACCGAGCUUACAAGUGUGUUUGAGCUCCGUUAGGUGGCGAGGGGGAAGACGAAGCAAACCGCUGGAGCUGCUGCUGCUGCUGCUGAGUCUGUAGACGCUCUGGUUUCUCUGUUGCCUGCCAGAGGAUUGUGUUUCCUUUAAGCCAGCCAGCUCCACAACAACCUCAGUCAGCGUAUCGGACAGGAUCUGAGCCCGUCCUCUAUCCUCCUUCCAAGUAGAAUGCGUUUCUCUGCUGGAAGCUCAGGUCCAGUUGCUGCAUUCGUGUCCAAGCAGUGAACUUUUCAACGUGAUUUGUGAAACAGGGUCCGUGAACAGAGAGACAGACACACUGUGGAGCCAUGGGCUGCGGGCUGCGUAAGAUGAAGCCGACGUCGGAGGAGAAUAGUCCGGGGAAGAUUUACUCCACCCUGAAGAGACCACAGGUGGAGACAAAGGUGGGCGUGGCCUACACCUACCGCUACCUGGAUUUCCUCAUUGGCAAAGAUGGUGGGACGUCCACGCUGCGGCUCUCGUCGGUGCGGGAGCUGCCCGACCAGCUGCAGGAGCUUUACCAGCAGGGUUUUGUUUUGGCAUCUUUUCACCCGUUCAUCCACCCCUGUGGUCCAGAGUCCAACAGCCCACAGCACCAGCUCUACCGGGCCAUACUGAUCCGAAUCAACGACGGGGUGGAAAGGAGCCAGCCUAUCUGCCCGCCAUACAAACUACAGCUGGAAGAGUGUCUGUCUGCUGAGCAGGUGCCCACCGCAGAGCUCAUCCAGGGCUACGUCAAGAAGCAAAUCCAGGAUGCGGCUGACCAGGGGGUGAUGUUCGUGGGAUUUGUCCAGGAACCCUAUGGGGCCCCAUGCACCAGGAUCAGAGAACCAGACACCCCCUCCUUUUCCCUGCACUCCAGCCCCAGCUCUGUGCUCGGUUCCCUGGGUAGCUGUAGCCCCUCGAACCCCUCAAGCCCCAUUAACCACGCAGCACCUGGAGCUGAAGCCGAUGCAGUGGACAAAGAGGGCCAUGAGGAGGCUUCAUACGAGGCUGGGGAAGGAGCACCGGGUGGGGAGAAAAAUCAUAGUGAGAACACUGGGAACCAUUCAGGGAGCGGGGUGGAGGGCAGUCAGGGCGUGGUCUCGCCUGUGGCGUCUCCAAUACCAGAUGAAGAUCUGGAGCAGAGUGAGGAGCUGACGGAGGAGGAGUCGCCGUGUCACAAUAACAACAAAGACAGAGAUGCAAAGGAGAGGCCAAGAUACCGCAUGCGGAGGGGCGAUGGGGUGGAACUGCUCGCUUUGUACAACCACCCGCCAGUCCGAGAGGGCCAGGUGAAGUACUACACUGUAAAGGUGCCACUGCGGGUUCAAAACUGUGAUGAGGGGGUCAAAGGCGUGGAGGCCAACUGGCUGGAUCACAUGACCCAGCACUUCAACAAUGGAGCCUCACUCGUCGAUGGAUACUUCCAUCUGGGCAACGUGAACGAUAUGCUGCCUAAGUCGGUGGAAAGUGUCUUCAUCUUCCAGGAGGCGAGUGAGGGCGAGCCGAACGUGGCAACCCCGACAUACGAUGCCAUCGUGGUGGAGCAAUGGACUGUCAUUAAUGGUUUGCAGGUGAAGGCAGAUUAUGUUCCUCUGCUACAGUCCCUGGCCAUGUAUGGAUGGAGGCUCACCUGUGUGCUGCCAACUCCUGUAAUCAAGACUAACAGUGAUGGAAGUUUGUCCACCAAACAGAUUGUUUUCCUGCAGAGACCCGUCUUGGGCCGAAAGAGGAGGGAAUCCAAGAAAUUGAUCUUCAAGCCCCGAAGCAAGUCCAACAAGAACUGCAUCAAAGACACGGCAAAGAACAAGAAGAAGAAGAAAACAAAAAUUGAGAAGGAUGCGGAGGAUCCUAAGAUUCUUGAUGACAGAGAAACGGUUGAGAAAGAGGAAGAGAAGAGUAAGGAUGAAAAAGGGAACGCAACAGAUGUAGAGGCAGCAAGAGAAAGUGAGACCUUGAAAGAAAGGGAAAUGAGGUGUGAGAAAAAUAGAAUGAUUGAUGAUGGGAUUGAAAUCAGCAUAGAGACUGUUGAAAAGAAAGAUGGAGGAGCAGAGACAGAGGACAAGGGAGCAGAAAACUGCACAGAAGAAGAGGGAGAAGAAAAGAUAACACUGGAUGAAGAGGGAUCAAAAGAGAACGGAGAGCCUUUAGAAAACGGAGAGGUCCAGGAAGCCACGGAAAUCGUUGCGACUGUCGAAACACAGAGCGAGACCAAAGAAGAGGACGAGGGCGUAGCAGAAGUUGUAAUCGAAAACGGGGUCGAGACGGAUGAGGACAAAGACAAGGGCGAAGAGAUUGCAAUCAAGCGCAAGACAGAAGAACCAGCAGGCGUGGAGGUCAAUGCCAAGGAGAUGGUGGCAGAGUCACAGGCCAAGCCAACUAAUCAAAGCCCAGAAGAGACUCUAGAGUAACCCCAAGUAGUCCAAGUCAAGGUUUUUUCCCACCCUACCUCUCUAUUCCCCAUCUUAAGAACUGGUUCACAGUGUCGUCCCUGAUCCAAAUUAAAGGGGCUUCAAUCCCCAUCGCUGCAGCAUUCUCCAAACCUACCAUCACCACCGACAAUUCCCCUGCAACCUGCCAUAUUGUAGCUACAGAGCGACAUCAGCCCUACUGUAUAACCAUGCAUACUGAAUGUAUAUAUCCAUAACAGGAGAUGUUGUUGCAGGAUAGACUAUGUGGAGACACUGGAAUAUCUGGAUGAGGAUCGACAGAGGGUUCAAUAUUUUGAACGAUGCCAUGAUCAGAUUGGGAGCGUUUUCCUGUUUCUUAAGAAAAAUGAGAAACAGUUUAAAGGCCUCGUCACAUCGGUGAAAUUCCGCAGCAAAAACCAUUUCCUGUCAAUGGAAUCACAGAGAUUAGUGGGUUCGUUUGUCGGGGCGAAGUAAAUCUGUGUGAAUUUCUCACAACAAGUUUGACAUAAAUUUGCACCCAUAGUAAGCCAUUAUAUUUUGUGUUAAACUUUGAGGGCACUGAGACUCGGAGAGCCAAAAUGGAGGAAGCUAUAGUAGCUGUGUGAACUCCCGUUAGCGACCAAGAUAACUAGCUUGCUAACUGACAGUUAGCAUUUCAUUAUUGGAUGAAGUGGUGUACAAACCUGAAAACAAAAUGUUAGAGGGGAGUGACCGCCCCAGUAUAGAGAAAAUAAAACGAAGCUAGGAGAGCUAUUGCGUCGCUAGCUUUUUAGCAGUUUUAGUUUUACCAACUAGCCUUGUAAAUAGUUCCUACAUCACCAAGCCUCUAAAUUAGACUGUGCCACUUUCUGGUGUGAUCAGGACCUUAAGGGAGUAAGGAGCGUUACAUGAUUCUCAAUGCAAUGUAAUGUAAGGGUUACCUUAUUAAAACACCAGUGAUCAUGGAUUAAAGAGCAUUUGUUUCCCUCAGAAAAGUUGUUUCGCCCGGUGGCAAUCGCUUUUUUUUGACGAGGGCCCGGCUGGGGCCAGUUACAGACUAAAAAAGCAUUAAUGUAGAGCCCAAUAGUUUCUGCGAUAACAGAAUCAUGGACGGUAUCGCAAAAUUGAGAAUUUAAAAAAACUAUAAGACUUUCAGAAGAUUCCAUAUGGCCCUAGAUUAAGUCAGUGCUAAAAGCUAACUGGACAUUUGAAGAUAUGACUAUGUCUAAGUUUCCAACCGAGCCGUAAAAAAACUGUAGUUUAAAAAAAAAAACAUCUUAAAAUUAUUAUAAAUAUAUAAUAAUAAAUUAUAUAAAUUAUAAAAUAUUAAAAACAUUUAAAAAUAAUUCCCAGUGGCUUAGGCCUGGUGGCGAGCAACUUAGACCCAGUGGGCCAACAGGCUUACAAUACACUGAGGGAAACACUGGCGUUCUCUGCUUGCUUUUGAAGAAUAGUUUGAGAAGCAUAGGUCCUAAUAGUCGUACUCAGAUACUUGUACUGAGCAGCUUUUUUUUAGUUUGUGAAGCUAAGAAAAGAGAAAGUCAGCUCCAAAAUCUGAGAGAUAGUAUCUUGACAGGUCCUCAUCCACACGACUGACAUGCUCAGAAAAGCAUCUUUAUGUGAUCACAGACUAUUACUGUUUCCCGUUCCUUCGUUCUGUGCACCAUAAUAAGUUGUGAGGUGGAGGGAACUUGGAAAACGCUGGUAGAGGUGAUGGGAAAGGCGUUUGUUGCGACAGGCAAUCCAAAGUAGGGUGAAGAGAUAAUUGUUUACGCUGAGCUCUAAGCCGUCAAGUGCUUCAAAGAGAGCCGAUAAUCACUCUUUGGUGUGGUGUGCUAAGCUCACCUUGCAUACAGAAUGUUCAUAUUCAAAGCUGAGUCAGAUAAGGAUGUGAAAUUCAGCUGAAUGUUUGCAGCUCGGGGGGGGGGGACUCAUAUUUAGAGGCACCUAGUUAGCUUUUACAUACAGGAGUGAGGAUUUAUUUCUGCGCAAAGUUGCAUUUUUAAUUACAUUUCCAGUCAAAGGCCACAAACAAAAGCUCUCAUCAGUGUGGAGAUGAGAAUAAGCUGUGUGGUCAGGACUGGGCCUUGUUGUUUACGGAGAGACCAAACCUAAAGACUGAGAGAGAGAGAAAUUGAGACAUAGAAAACCGUUGAGAGUGAAAGAGAAGGCCCACCGAGCAUAAGAGAGUCAAAUAAAAGAAAUGAAUAGGCUCAUUUAAAGUUACAGCCGUUUGCGUUCCACAUUCCCUGUUGAGAUUUCCUUCAUUAUUUUACCUCCAGCUCUUUAAGCACCUCAUUUCAGACAUCAGUUCUGACAAUAACGGAGUCAUAAUGUGCUGUUUCAUGGCAUCAAGUAGCUUUCCAUUUUAAGAAAGAGGGAUGGGGGGAGGUGAAAGGGAGGGAGAAAGGUAGCAAUGUUCACAGUGUAGAGCUCUCAUUAGCUCACUAAUGGGUUUUAGUCAGUGGGGUAUCUGUCAGGAAUCAUGCAUUUAUAAUGAGGGUCACUUAUUGGGGGAUGUAUUGACAGCAAAACACCUCAACAUGUCAAGCAAAUAGCCUUCAGAUUUAACGGUGAUGUCAUGGGGAAUCAUUUGCACUGAGGAGGAAGAGUCUGUGUUAACAAUGUUAAUUUUUGCAAAGAAUUUACAAACAAUACAUUAUAAAAUAUGUCAGAAAACCUAUUUAUUAGAAUGUUAGCAUUCACAUAAUGAAGAACUUAAACUACCUGCUGUCCUGCUUCACACUGGCUAUAAUUUGUCAAAAUUUGGAUCUUUUAUUUUAUGAGUAAUACAUGAUACUUUGGUCAAGAAAAAUGUCUCCUUUUUGUAGAUGAAACUCUUCAAUUACACAGAAGUAAGAUUGAUUAUGCUGAAUAAGUGCUCUCCUUAAUUAAUCCACCCGCCGCUGAGAUUUUUUUCAAUGUAAAAUGGCAAGUGAUUUUGUGUAGAGUAGAAUUUAAAAACUGUGACCAGCUUAGCCUUACUACUAUACUGUAAAUGCCCCACAAUCUGCUUUUAGAAAUGUUGUAUAGAGGCACAAUGGUGAUUAAAGUGUUAUAUGUUUGUAAUAGUCAAACAGGAAAGAUUUGAAACAGUCAGUGCUGGUAUUUUGAAGCUGUUGUUCCCUGUUUUAUUACUGGAAUUCAGAGUGAUGGGAUACAAGUGUUUGUCUAUAUGAAGGUAAUAUGUUUUGGAAGAACAUUUUGUUUUAUUAUUGUGAAUGUUCUGUUUUUGAGUCAAGAGAUCUUACUGUGGGCUUUGUGAUGCCUCUGCUUUUCCGCUAAAGCUUGCUAAAAUGUAUUUCUGACUGACGCUUUGAGCUACCUCCCGAGGGCUUUUGGUGGUUUUAAAAUGAGGGGUCGCCGUGUGUGUGACCCCCAAAACAUAUGCUCCUUGUCCUCUCGCCCUCCACUAUGACGGAGUCCAGACCCGUGAGGGCUAAUGGCAGAAAAGGUCAAGGGUCAUAUUUGAGCCAGAAUGGAUUUUCCACAGCUGUACACAGGAGAUGGCACUAGCACAUGACAAAUAACCACUCUGAUAAUAUAGAAAUUAAGAUAUGAAGUCAUAUCAUAAUAUUUUCUGUAGUGUUUUUUUUUUUUCUUCUUCAUUUAUUUUUAACGCCAUUAUCUCAGCAGCUUUUAGCUUUUGGCUGUUUGAGCUUUAAUAAGCACUUAUUGUAUUCAAGAAUUAUGUUAUGCUCCCACUAGCAUCAGAGCUGCUGGGGAGCAAAUAAGACUCAGCUGUCACUUUCACGUUUGUCAGAAUGUGACAAAUAUGAAUAUGAAUGAAAAGGCAAUACCAAAAGACGCCUUUUGAUAGCUGACAAGAUCAUUUAUGAAUAUUUGAGAAAUAUCCCCACUGAAUCCUGGUCCAUUUAUUUCGUCAGAUUUAAUCAAUUUCUUCAUUUUCCCCAGCGUCGUGAAAAAACAUCUUAACUGUCAUAUAUCCGUUUUAUGAAUAUGAAUUUGUUUCAGUAUUCCUGCCUUUCUACUUUUGAUGUUGUUGUUUUUAAUCAGAAACUGUGAUAUUUAUUCCCCUUUGGCAUCCUGCAAAAACAGGCAGAUCAUAUUCCACUUUAUCUAGAAGAGCAGAGUUUGGAAUAUCAGUUAAGCGGCGAGGUGAUCUCAUGUGACAUGACUGUGUUUUCGACUCCUACUACAUUCCCGUUGGACAUCCUCAAACAAGGAUGAUCGUAAUCUUGACAAAAGUUACAAACGGCCCUGUAUCCGCCUGUCCUACCUGAGGCCGCGGCCUUCAGGGCCCCAUCUUUUCCUGAUAAGGGCUGAUUGGUGGCAGUGCAGUCUAACCUUUGACAUCCAGGGACUGUGUGUAAUUGUGAUUUUUUUUUUUUUGUUUGUCCGGUAGAAAGAAAAAAAUUAGAACACAGACAGGGAGAGAAAAGCGAGGCAGGAUCUCACACUUCAUCAGUUAAAUGAUGCUGAACCAUGUUACCUUAGCCAUCUGUGAAAAGGAGAGCUUUGACUAAUGUUAAGACUUAAAUAUACAUCUGCAGCUCUCUGUAUUUGUGUAAAAAAAAAAAAAGAAGUUAAUAUACAUUUUCCUGGCUUCUAUCGGCAUAAUUGUCUCUGAUCAUCAAUAGUGGCGCUGGUGCAAUUGUUCUUGGUAAUGCUAUAAAGAAACAUAAUGGUUCAUUUCCUGUCCUGUGUGCUACAUGAUGUGAAAUGGGCAGAGUAGAAAUGACAGAACAUGAUAUAAUAAGAUGCCGUCAUUUUUCUUCUUCUGUGUUGUCACUUUAGCUUGCUCACAGCCUCUGGAAAAUGUGUUCUUAGGUUUUUUGUCUCUGCUGUUUUUUUAUCACCUUGGCUGCCAUCUUGAAUGUUGAGUAUCUUUGAUCAUGUGCAGUUGUCACUUGCAUAGCAGUGUUUGCUAUCGAGGAAGAAAAAGUAUUCUUUAUCUUUGCUAGCCUGAGUAUGUCCACAUUCCUAUUGUUCAUGACAUCUGUACAAUUUGUAUAUUAUAAAAUGAUUUAUAUUUAAUGUGUA